AUGGACAAUUUUCAUGGAUUUCAGGUACAAGUUGAGAUCCCCAAAAUAUUGAUUGCUCCAUCGUUACAAUUUCGAAAUCUGUUUGAAAUUAGACGGGGUAAACUUUUCGAGCAAGUGCAGAAAAUGCGAAUCAAUUUAAUGCAACAGCUCAAUGUAGGGCAGAUACCAAUAUUUGAAGGUGGUCGACCUGGCACUAGUAUAAAAUUGCAACAUGCGGAAGAUUUGCAUAAUCUUCUCAUUGGUCAGAUGGGAAAUUAUCAAGAAUAUAUCAAGAGUCUUGAGGCUGUAGGACGUGGUCCACUUAGAGAAGUUGAACCUCAAGCAAUCCGCGUAUAUGCGUUCGGGAACCCUUUUAAAAUUGAUAAGGUGGGUUCGUGUGACAUUUUUGACUGA